AUGCGAGCUGCGAGGAGAUCGGGUCGUCUCGGGUGCGAUCGCGUCUCGGGUUUGAUCGCGAGCUGGACAGGUUCUUCUGAACUGGGACGUGAGCUGAGAACGUCAAGGAUUCGAGAUGGAUUGUCUGAGUUCUUGGAUGAACUAAGAACGUGUCUAGGGUUUUUAGCUUCCCAUGAUUUACAUUCAUCUGCAUCUCCAGCGUUGCAACUUUCCUUCUGCACAACAAAGAUUUUUAUUUUUGAUGAAGGUUUCAAAUACAAGAAAGACUCAGUAUUGGUGGUGUCAGAAGACGAGUACAAGGAAUGCAAGGCAACUAAACCGCAACUCUAUUCCAACAACCAAGACACGGUUUUCAAACUAGACCGUCCCGGUUUGUUUUACUUCAUUAGUGGUGUCUCGGGUCAGUGUGAAAAGGGUCAGAAGAUGAUCAUUAAAGUCAUGGAGACCGAGUCUUCCCCAGAUUCUCCUUCUCCUUCCUCUUCUUUUUCCUCUCUUUCGGCUUCAACUCACAAGAAGAGCAGUGCAUUGAAAACUGCUGUCCAGUUCACUAGUUCCAGCUUUGUGGUUCUUAUUGUUUCGGUUUUGGUUUGGCAUUAGGUCAGAUUUUAGUUCCGGUUUAGCAUUCCAAAUAACUACACUGACCGGACCGGUCUAGGUUUCAUUCAACAUGUUUUCACUUUUCUUGUAGGUCUAAUAUUACCUAAUUAUGUGAUUCUUUACAGUUUCCUAUAUUUCAUAAGCAAAUAAUCUCUUGAGAAAGCUGCCAUUAGUUGAUUAAACCAUUCUUAUAACAACACAGAGAUCUGAGUAGUACAAGAUGUGUUACACAAAAAAAAAAAAGUACAAGAAACAACAAUCUGAAUUAAAACAAAAC